AUGGGUGUAGUGAGCGAGAAAACCGAACUCUUGUUAAAACUGGAAGAUCACUUGGACAAGAAAGCCAUUAAAGGAUAUCUUAUCGGAUAUGAUGAAGACGGCUACAGAGUUUGGAUUACGGACGGCAAGAAAAAUCGUCUUGUUCGGUCGAGAGACGUCAUUUUCGAUGAAUCACCUCUAUCAUCAGAAGAUGCAAAGACUGAGACAGGUAAUGAAAACGUGAUAAAUGAAUUUCAACUGAAAGUGUCACAGGAUUGCAAUACUUCUAGAGAUGAAAUCAUAGUGGAACGUACAGUUGAAGAUGAUAUACAUUCAACAGAGCCAGUGGAACUUACAAAUGACGACAUAGAACCUAUUGAGCCAGAGAGAGAAGCCCAAGUGGAAACUGAUAAUGUCUAUGAUCCGUUGCCAGAAGAACCAAGAGAAUCGCUUGAAUUAGAGAGAGAAGAUUGUGAUGAAGAUAGUAAUAUCAGAGAUGACGAGUUUCAUGAUAGUAUCGACCAAAGUCAAGAACAGAGAGGAGAGCUCGGCUUAGUUAAC